AUGGAUGCUAGAGUCCAGGAAUACCAUAAUAAUACACUUCACCUCCCGCGGAUUCUCUGCUUACACGGUGGCGGGACUAACGCACGCAUUUUCAAGAUGCAGUGUCGUGUGGUCUCCCAUAUGCUAGAGCCAUACUUCCGACUUGUUUAUGUUGAAGCGCCAUUCAAUUCAAUGCCGGGGCCGGAUGUCCUCUCGGUGUACGCAGCCUACGGCCCGUUCAAGCGAUGGUUCCCAGAGGACAAUGAAGUCAAGGAUAGAGUGGCAAUCGAAGCUAUCGAUAAAUCUAUAAAGUCCACCAUGAUAGAAGAUGAUAGGCUGGGUGCGACAGGUAUAUGGGUGGGAUUGCUGGGUUUCAGUCAAGGGGCGAAGCUGGCCGCAAGCUUGCUUUUCCGACAGCAAGUCCGAGUCGAGAAACUGGGGCUAGCGCAGGCUGGCUCUGAAUGGAAGUUUGCCGUAUUGAUGGCCGGACGAGCGCCUAUAGUGUCCCUUGACCCGGACGUUUUCAGCUCCUCUAUGUUGGGCAACCUGUCACAAAUCAGUUUGUCAGGACCUCCAGAAUUAAGAGAUAUUAUGAAAAAAGAACAGGUCCUCAAGCUACCCACCAUACAUGUCCAUGGGCUGGCAGACCCGGGCCUUCACCUACACCGUGAGCUUCUCGAGAACUACUGUAGCGUCGACAGCGCCCGGGUUUUGGAGUGGGAUGGCGCGCAUCGGGUGCCGCUAAAAAGCACUGAUGUGAGUCCUCUCGUUGAGGAGAUUCUGGAUCUAGCAAAGAAUGUUAGGGCGAUAUGA